UGGGGGGCGAAUGAGCGAAUAACAGCCGCUCCGGGAGAGGGGAGCUGCGGGCACCGGGCCCACGUAGCCCGGCCUUUUUCCCAUGUCUCGUGAAGCCGCUGCAGAGGAGGGGCGGGGAGGCGGAGAAGCGGCGCGCUGUGAGGGGGACGAUGCGCGAGUAUAAGGUGGUGGUCCUGGGAAGCGGCGGGGUCGGCAAGUCGGCCUUGACCGUCCAGUUUGUCACAGGGACGUUCAUCGAGAAGUACGACCCGACCAUUGAGGAUUUCUACCGCAAGGAGAUAGAGGUAGACUCGUCCCCCUCAGUGCUGGAGAUCCUGGACACGGCCGGCACCGAGCAGUUCGCCUCUAUGCGGGACUUGUACAUCAAGAACGGACAGGGCUUCAUCCUCGUCUACAGCCUGGUCAACCAGCAGAGCUUCCAGGACAUCAAGCCCAUGAGGGACCAGAUCAUCCGCGUGAAAAGAUAUGAAAAAGUGCCAGUAAUUUUGGUUGGAAACAAAGUUGAUCUUGAAAGCGAACGUGAAGUGGCCUCAAACGAGGGUCAGGCAUUGGCAGAGGAUUGGGGCUGCCCGUUUAUAGAAACGUCAGCUAAGAGCAAAACAAUGGUGGAUGAGCUCUUUGCUGAAAUAGUGAGACAAAUGAACUAUGCAGCUCAACCGGAUAAAGAUGACCCGUGCUGUUCUGCGUGCAAUAUACAGUAGCGUUCAUAUGGAAGGAAUAAAUCCAGUUAGAUAUUUUUUCACAGCAAUGAUUAAAAGAAACUUGUGUUUUUUAAAUAUUUGUGAAUCAUCCAAAGAGAAGCUUUGAGAGAAAAAAAAUCAUUGACUGUGUAAGAAAUUAGGUUUGAAAAUUCAUAACAGUUAGCUAUCGUAUGAUCUUAAAUGUAAUUUAUAUGGCACAUAGAUUAUCCCAGCCAUAUAAAGCUUGUUCCUGAGUUACCUUGGGAUUUACAGUUUUGUAAAUACUUCCCUAAAAAGCAGUGGAAGCAUUUUAAUUGCAGACCCAGACAAAAAGGUAAUUAGUGCAAAAAAUCUACAGGCUGUCUGUGAUAGUAAUCAAAAAAGUCUGAGCUAAGUCUGGCCUGCAUUAAAAAAAUUAUUGCUGAUGGUGCAAAGCUGUAUGCUUUUAUUUGCCGGAGUUUCGUUAUUUUAGUUUGGUUUUAGUUGUAGCUUUUAUAAUUGCCCCUAGUUAAAGGGAUCCUGUCAUGGGAAAAAAUGUUUAUUUCAUAACGCAUCAGUUAAUAGUGCUGCUCCAACAUAAUUCUGCACUGAAAUCCAUUUUUCAAAAGAACAAACAGAUUUUUUUAUAUUCAGUUUUGAAAUCUGACAUGGGGCUAGAUAUAUUGUCAGUUUCUCAGCUGCCCCCAGUCAUGUGACUUGUGAUAAACUUCAGUCACUCUUUACUGCUGUACUGCAAGUUGGAGUGAUAUUACCCCCCUCCCUUCCCCCAGCAGCCUGACAACAGAACAAUGGGAAGGUAACCAGUUAACAGCUCCCUAACACAAGAUAACCACUCCGUGGUAGAUCUAAAAACAGCACUCAAUAGUAAAAUCCAGGUCCCACUGCGACACAUUCAGUUACAUUGAGUAGGAGAAACAACAGGCUGCCAGAAAGCAGUUUCAUCCUAAAGUGCUGGCUCGUUCUGAAAGCACAUGACCAGGCAAAAUGACCUAAGAUGGCUGCCUACACACCAAUAUUACAACUAAAAAAAUACACUUAUUGGUUCAGGAAUGAAAUUUUACAUGGUAGAGUGAAUUAUUUGCAUUGUAAACAGUGUAAUUUAUAAAUAAAAACGACAUCAUGAAAAUCAUAAUAGUCCCUUAAUAAUGUCUUAAGAAACAAUAUGUUAAUAUCUAGUGUAACAUACUACUUUUGCAAUUGGAAUAUGUAUUUCAGCGACUACACGAAUACCCUUUUUUUGGGAAAAGAAGCCAUGUUGCAUACAGUCCUACGAAAUAGCCGUGAAAGCACAAACAUGCGUUUUGUGCCAGUAUACUACAAAUACAAAUAUUCUGCUAAAACAGUCUUUUUCACAGUUUUUCUUUUGAGUGUUUCCAUGAAACAUGAUUUUACUGGAGGCCCUUAUAAAUUUAGGAUUUGCCAUUUUUAUUGAUGCACAUGAUAGUGAGGUAGAAUAUUAUUAGGAGCUAAAGCUGAACAUCAAAUUGAGUAUCUAUCAUUUGCAUGGGAAACAGUGCAAGUUUAUGCUAAAUACUGUCUAAAACUACAUUCUGUGGAAUUAUCUAAGAGAAGGAGAAGCCCAUUUAAUAUUACAUAUAAAAUAAUCUAUUACACAUACCUGUAAGAAUAGUUUUUUUGUUUUUUUAUGUGAAUGUAAAGCUGUGAGGAUGUACAGAAUUAAAUACCCUAACAAAUACCAUUUGGGGUGAUAUUUUAGGUGUUGACACAUCUUGUCAAUGUGUUCCCUCUUCAAAAAUACUUGUACUGUUCAAUUUACUUUGAAACUUAAGCAGGUUCUACAUAAAACAUACAAUUCCAAGACCGUGAUAUUUAAGGGAUGUGCGUUGUAUGAUUAAAGGUGCUGAUUCUGAUCAAAAUACAUUUAAAAUAUUUCUUUAUUUGCAUUGCAUUAAAUAUCCAUUAUGCCUCAAAAUGCUUACCUUUUCAUUGCAACAAUAUAUAUCACAGAAUAUAGAUGUUUAUCACUUGCCCUGUGUUUCAAACUUCAAUAGAUACAGGUAAAGAAUGUCCCGUCCCCCCCUUUAAUUUACUACUGCUGUGAUUUGGAAUUUUAUGCAUAUAAACAGACUUUUAACUCGGAA